UUUAAUGUACAAAGAUAAACUGGGAGGGAACUCAGCUGACAAAUCAAACAGAGACUAGCUGGUCCUGCUAUUUUCUAAAUGAAUGCCCUUGGAUAAUUAUUCAGGAUUAAUAUGCAGGCACUUUUCUAUGCUCUGGUUAAUUGUGGAGGUGAGCAAGCUGGACAGGAGUGGAGCACAGAGGAAUGCAGCAGUCUGAAUGAGAGAGAAGUUCCUAAGCAGUGUAACAUCAUGCCUCAGAUGCCAUCACUUGUUAGGUUGUUAGUGAAGGAGACAGAGAAAAUGGUGGCUUUUCUUUUUAAAGCAGAAGAAGAUGAUGGGGCAGGAGGUUACCUGGAUGAACCUGUAACACAUAAAAAUUGUGAGCAUGGAUGUGGGAAUUUAAUCCGAUAUGGUCUAAGCAGCAUGCAGGGCUGGCGGUCUCAAAUGGAAGAUGCCCAUACAGCUGUACCUGUCAUUCCAAAUGGCCUUGCAGAAUGGUCAUUUUUUGCUGUGUAUGAUGGACAUGCAGGAUCCAAGGUUGCAAAAUACUGUUCAGAGCACUUACUGAAUCAUAUUAUCUCUAAUGAGUACUUUAUGAAGAGACAAUGCUGUGAAGACCAGCAAUCUGUAGAAAAUAUCAAAAUUGGAAUACGCAAAGGCUUUCUACAAAUCGAUAGCCGAAUGCACACCCUCUGUCGUCUGGAUGGUUGGGACAGAAGUGGUUCAACUGCUGUAGCAGUGAUGAUUUCUCCUAAGCACAUCUAUUUUAUAAACUGUGGUGACUCUCGUGCAAUGUUGUCACGUAAUAGCGAGGUAUAUUUUUAUACAGAGGAUCACAAGCCCUUCAACCCUCGAGAGAAGGAACGCAUCCAGAAUGCCGGUGGAACUGUAACCUUGCAACGCAUAAAUGGUUCUCUUGCUGUAUCAAGGGCACUAGGAGAUUUUGAUUUCAAGAGUGUAGAUUGGCGGAGCCAGACAGAGCAACUUGUGUCCCCAGAGCCAGAAGUAUAUGACAUUGUCCGGUCAGAGGAUGAUGAAUUUAUCAUUCUAGCAUGUGAUGGCAUUUGGGACACAAUCAAUAAUGAAGACUUGAGAAGGUUUGUGCAUUCUAGGUUGCAGCUAACCAAUGACUUAGAGGACGUGUGCAGCCAAGUGAUUGAUACUUGCCUCUACAAAGGCAGUCGUGAUAAUAUGAGCAUUAUCCUAGUUUGCUUCCCAGGGGCCCCAAAAGUAUCAGAAGAAGCCAUCCAAAGAGAAGCUGAACUGGAUGCUUUCUUGGAAACCAGAAUUGCAGAAAUCUUCAGUGAAAAUCGAGAGGAACCCCUAGAAUUCUCAUACGUCAUCAGAUACCUGGCUUCAGAAUGGAUUCCAAAUCUCCCCCCUGGUGGUGGCAUAGCAAGCAAGAGAGCUGUAAUAAGGAAUGCAUAUGACCGUAACAAAGCAGAGAGAGGGAUGCAGGUGAAGUCAUUCAACUCCGAAGAUGGUUUCUAAUGAGGUGUUCCUUACGAAGAUGUCUCCCCGAAUAUCAAAGCAGUUCAGUGCUUCCUUCCUGCUUUACUAAAGAGAAACCAGCUCAUGCCAAGUCUUCAUGAAUUAUAUGAAUCAACAGUCUUUCAAAUGUAAAUCAAAUUCAUUGACAGGUCUACAACAGAAGGGUUGCUUCUCAAGGUCACUGAAAAUGACUUUAUGCCUGAAUAUCACACUGAGCUUAGAGUUAGAGUACAAUGGCACGAAUCUUGGGAUUUGGACUUCAAACACCAUUAGAACCAGUCACUGUAUGUUCUGUGUGUAGUUAUAAGCCUCACUUUAUUGUAUGAUUGUUUUAUUGUUUUCUAUCAACCGUGCAUCUUGCAUUUUUUUGGAGGGGAGUUGCACAUUGUCUAAUGACCCGAGAGCAUAUUAAGAUUGAGUUGUUUGAGAAACUCCCUUUGAAAUGAUCACACAUUUGUCUCAGAGUUUGUACAUGAUCUGCAUUUGUUUAAUAUAUUAUUUAUUGCACCUCUGAUUGAAGACAUUUUAGUUGGCAACUGGCUUUCAUAAGCUUCCAUUGUUUACAACUCAUUAGGUGACACCAUCAUGUUAUCCCUGCACAGAAUUCCUUAUGAUAAGGCACUUGCUUACAAAGAUCAACUUUAUCACUACAGAGGUAUCUGCAAAGUUUCCUAUAAACUUACAAAGUAUUGUCUGUGGGAGGUAAUUUUACUGUAGCUUAAGAGACCAGAUAUAGAGAUUACAUUUUAUAUAGUAUAUUUUUAUUGCAUAUUUAUUAGGUUACUGCAUGUGAUAAAUAAUGUAUAGACUCAUCACUUAUAUUACUAUUGUGAAAACAUAUUCAUCACAGACUUAUACUGCAAUAAAAAAGACUUCAGGUGACAAGAUAUUAGAGUGGUUCAGUGUCUCAUUUAAGUAUUUUGUUUUUCUUUUGUAGUAGCAUAUUGGGUACUUAAAUACAUCUAAGUAGUUUGGUUUUCUGAUAUGCAAUAGUCAUGUUACUCACAUUCAUUAAAAUGUAAUCUAUGUUGAGGAUUAAUAUAAGACCAAAGGAAUGAUAUUACUAUCUGAUAAUGAUUGAUAAGGCACGUUAUUCGACAAUCAUUAAUUAUCAUAUAGCUUAAUCUGAUUUACACUCUGCUAUGUAGCAUAACUGGAAAUGCUUUAAAAAUGUAUGUAUGUUUAGUUGCAUGAUUUUUGGUUAAUAAACAACCAUCUAAAAUAAACAUCAGCUACUGUCUAA